CUCGUCUUCGAAUCCUCCCGUUGACCACCAUCGUCAUCAGAAAUGCCAUCCACUUCCUCAAACUAAUCACCGAAUGAUAGCGCCGCACUCUGAAACUCGUAUCCUACAACUCGCCAAUCGUCUGUGCCCUGUACGCAUUUCCUAUUGCCGCAUUAAGGUCCUAACAGCGGCCACAGUCAGCGACAUCAGUAGCGCCUGCCACUUACGAUCGCCUUCCUGCCACAGGAUUGGUCAGAAUUCCACUCCCCGGCCUCCUCCUGAUCCUCCACUUGAUCCUCCACUUCUUCUCAUUCAUCCUCCUUCUUACCAUCCGGAAUACCCACCGCGUCUUGUAUCAAAAACACUGUCUCAACCUCAUCCACUCGCUCCCUAGGUACCCUUUACUCCGACCAUCAUGCAAUAAUCUCUCUCUUUCUCCAACAAUCAUCGAACAAAAGCCGAACUCACGCAUCGUCAACGAGGCCGGCCAUCUUCCGCUACUCUGACGUAUGCCUCACGAGAAGGCUGCCAAGGUCUCCUAUAUCAUUCCCAGGUGCAUCAAGUGAUUGGUCCCCUUGAUAUACCUCGAAAGUGGUUCCGCUCAUCCUCGUCUUCCUUCAGAAAGCGACCAGUGACGUAUACUCGAGACCAUAUAUCUCUCAUCUACAUUGUCGAGGUUACAUAUCAUUCUCCUAUCACACCUCGCUCGGACCUAUCUUCCACAAGCUCCAGACCCUUACAGCAUCUUCAACCUAUCGUAUCGGUCUUUAUAGGUUUUCCCCAAACGAUUCCCCGGGCUGCUUUGGUCAUUCCACUCAAUCCUAUCUCCGCCUGUCCACGUAUACUGCUUGGACAUUCCUUGCUUCUCUCAUCAAAGUCACUCAUACCUCAUCGCACAGUGUCGUAUGCUGUUAAGUUAAAUACACAUUGAUUCCACGGAUCAGCAAAUUUCAGCACAAAGGCCGCUUGGUACAAUCCUCUUGUACGACGUCUUUUCGGUCCAACAACUCUCACGUUCACAAUUUGACCCUGUCAAACCUCUAUACGCUGUCCGACAAUCCUUCUGUUGAUCCUUCCGGCGACAAACCUCCGAUUGGCACGAGAAAUUCCCCCUGCAUGGUUCACAGGCGGUAUACCCUCGCAACAGCCAUCACAUCUCGUGCUAGCUCGACCGUUAUUCCCCUACCCCCAACAAACGGCAUCUGUUUUAAAUCCUUCACGCUCAGAGAUCUCCAUUCCUUCAAAUCACGGACGCUCAAUUGACGAAUCCCCACAUCUUUGCUCCACUACCACAGCUUCACAUCAGGGCUUCCGACUUGCUGCUACUGCUUUUCCGUUGUUGGCGAAGGACCCUCCUGGAGGCUAAUGCAUGCGCAAUCGUCCCGUUAGAGCUUGGAACGCAUUCUAUCACCAAAAACUUUGUCUCUCCUGCCACGUCUCGCUAUUUCCUGCUGCACCAUUUGUCAUUUGACAUCCUACGAAGAACCAGAUCUGAGCCCAGAAACCACUAUUGGCCUAAAUACCCUCACAUUCAGUUGGUUUCACCAAGCAAUUAUCCGUCCUUCGCGUCUCGUAAGUGCUGAGUAACCCAAGUCAAGGCAGCGGGGGUCACGUCUAUUGCAUUCAGGCUAUGAGAGCGUGCCUCUAGGUCGACAUACACCAGAGUUUAUAUUGUUGAUUUUCCCUUCACAAGUAUCUUGACCGGAUCCUCUACAUCUCCAAACCCUGGAAUAUCUAAAUACGUGGUUUUCAAGCCAUUCCCAAUUUCGAGAUGCCUUCUCGCAUCAGCGGCGCCUGCAACGGUUGCCGAACCAAAAAGCAAAAGUGCAGUGGCGAUAGAUCCGGAUGCCUUCAGUGCCAAGCUGCGGGAAUACAGUGUACCUGGCCAGAGCAACGAAAACGUGGCCCUGCGAAAGGAUACAUUGAAGGCUUAGAGCACCGUCUCCACGAAGCCGAGUCAUUACUUCUUGCACUCCUUCCACUCGUCACUGCUGCUCAGCUCGACAAUGCCACCGAAAGUCUGAAUCUCACUGAUGCGGCCGGAGUUGGCCAGGCAUCCAGAGACUCAACAUCGCCUUCCCCUCGCAAUGUACGAUCUUCACCUCCGGUCUUGAACAAAAAGACCGGCAUCGACUACUGGGAAUCAUUUCCACUCGACACGGUCGAGAAUAUCCGAAGAUGGCAACAAGACUGCGCGAUACAUAGUCAACCGCCCAGCACCGACCGACAUGCGUCAGCACGUGACUCUCUCGACAAUGUUAGCCAUGCUCGUCUCCUCAACUCGAAUCCCACCUCUCGUCAAUCGUCCAUGGAUCUGAAGCGAGAAGCCUUGGACGGCAUAUUUAGCGCGAGUCUUCAACAUAAUAACCGCAACAACGAGAACUUCCGAUCCCUGUCCUCAGAUCCUUAUCGUAGCGGAACAAAUACACCUAUCAAUGUCACGUCGGCGGCCCGCCAUUCCCCCAUUCCAGGUCAGCAGUAUGAUCAACACCCGCAGCAGCGACUAUCUAGUCAGCUCCAGUCGUGGCAAAACUCUUCACUUUAUGCCUCCGGUUCAAAUCCCGAUGCCACACGUGGUGACGCUUCAAGCAACAUAACUCUCAACGCCGAGGCACUCCUCCUGCAAUCACUUGCUGAGAAUAAUAACCAUUGGGCGCAGCCCGACCAAGUGGGCAACAAUAACAUGCUGAUGAAUAUGGGAAUGGCAAUGUCCAUGGCCAUGUCAUCACCACCGAACCAUGCCAUAGAGUCAGCUCCUAUGGAGAUUGACACAGGGUUCUUCAACAGUGAUGUGCAACGGCGACUGUUCUGGUGAGGCGUGGAUAUGGCAUGUCGAUAUUAGAAUAAGAGAUUCAUUUGUGAUUGGAUAUGAGAUUAUGGGAUAUGAAUUUUGCGAUUUCCUGGUCUCGAAUGGCCCGUGGAUAUCUUGUAUGGCGAUGUGGGAGUUAUUUCGUCGCUUGGAAUCAACCAUCUGUACAUUUCAUGUUUCAUGGUUGUCUACUCAGGCGUUUAGUUGCGAGGCGGCGGAUGGCAAAACGUCUAUACCUCAAGGAGUUACUAUGCAAAACGCUCAGGGUCGAACUAUGAUGGAAUAUCUUUGAAAGGAGGGACACUUGGAGGAUGAGGUGCAACCAAGAUCCCAAGAGACUGUAAUUUGGUGAUACUCAAUUCAUCGCCAUAGGUAACUUGCAAGAAGAAUUACCUCCACUUGUGACACAGGACUGAAUCCCAAGGACGAGAAAUUGCCUUUAAACCG